AUGCUCCUCACAUCGUUUCUAAGUGCCCUUCCGGCAGCCCUACUCCUGGUUGGCGCUCAAGGUUCGCCUUUCCCUGGAAAUGAUGGUGCGAGACAGCAAACUGCACUCGACCUGUUCAUCGAAGCUCAAGCAAAUGUCUCCAUCAAUGGCAUAUUCGCAAACAUGGGUCCCGAUGGCUCCAAGGCGCAGGGUGCCGCGGAGGGCGUUGUUAUCGCCAGCCCAUCACGAUCUGACCCAGAUUACUGGUUCACGUGGACUAGGGAUUCCGCAUUGACCUAUAAGAUGCUUAUCGAACGUUUUGUUGCCGGAGAUCAAUCACUCAAGCAGAAGAUUGAUGAUUAUGUGUCUACACAAGCCGAACUUCAAGGUGUCACGAGCCCAUCUGGCAGCCCUGACAAUGGAGGACUUGGUGAGCCCAAGUUUAACGUCGACAGGACCGCCUUUACCGGUCCUUGGGGUCGUCCUCAACGUGAUGGACCAGCUCUUCGUGCCACUGCGCUCACCAUUUAUGCCAACUACCUCGCUGCCAAUGGCGCAUCCACCCAGGUAGCCAAUAUUGUUUGGCCCGUCAUCGCAAAAGACCUCGCAUAUGUUGUACGUUACUGGAACCAGACUGGCUUCGACUUGUGGGAGGAGACCAACGGCUCAUCGUUCUUCACUCUGUCGGCUUCUCACCGCGCUCUUGUCGAGGGCGCUGCUCUUGCGACUAAACUUGGUAAGACAUGCGAUGGGUGUGCCGAAGCUGCUCCCCAGGUAAUCUGUUUCGUCCAGAGCUUCUGGACUGGAAGUUAUAUUGACUCCAACAUCAACCUCAACGAUGGUCGCACUGGCAAGGAUGCCAACUCUCUUAUCUCUACGAUCCACACUUUUGACCCCAAUUCGAAGUGCACCGAUGCCACUUUCCAGCCUUGCUCGUCUCGGGCUCUUGCCAACCAUAAGGCCGUUACCGACUCUUUUCGCUCCGUGUACGCCAUCAACGAAGGUAUUCCGCAAGGUCAAGCCGUCGGUGUCGGAAGAUAUUCUGAGGACGUUUACUUUAAUGGCAACCCGUGGUACCUGACUACGACUGCUGCCGCAGAGCAGCUCUAUUCCGCUGCCUAUCAAUGGAACAAGCUGGAGUCUAUUACCGUGGACGCCGUAUCCCUACCGUUCUUCAACGACCUCUUACCCAACGUCGCGGUCGGCACCUAUGCCAAGGACUCUGCGACCUACACUUCGAUCAUCCACGCCGUCAAAACAUAUGCUGAUGGCUACAUGGCGAUUGUUAUGAAAUACACACCUGCCAACGGCGGUCUUUCAGAGCAGUUCAACAAGGCAAAUGGCUCUCCUGUUUCCGCCGUUGACCUGACCUGGUCGUACGCCGCCUUCAUUACCGCGACUGAGCGCCGCAAUGGUGUCGUAAGCCCAUCUUGGGACGAAUCAUCCAACAAUGUACCGCCAGAAACCUGCACCGGAACUCCUGCCUGCAUCUCCAGGACAACUUUCAACGUUCUCGCCACUACCGACCUUGGCCAGGAGGUCUUCGUUGUCGGCCAAUUGACGGAACUUGGCAACUGGGCCCCUGUAGGUGCUCAGGCACUCAGCGCGAGCCAGUACACCGGCAGCAACCCGCCUUGGAGUGGAACCAUCGAUCUUCCAGCCGGUACUAUCUUUGAGUACAAGUACAUCAAGAAGACUUCCGAUGGUCAAGUGUUCUGGCAAGCAGGGGCAAACAGCAAGUUUACCACUAGUACCGAGUGCGACAGUACUACAACGAUCAGUGACGGGAGCGUGACAUUCGAAAGCUGGAGUUAUCCACAAUGA